UAAGACUUUAUCUAAUUUAGGACAAUGACUAAGUCCUGGGGUUUAUUAGUACAAAUGUAAUCGAUGAUAUCAGCUGAGUCACAUUAAGGCGUUAUCUAAGAUUGAUCAUAUCUUGCAUUUCACAAAACUCCGAAAUUUCUCUACGCAUGAGUUCAGUAAGGGGAAUCCCCCUCGUGCUCUAUCGAUGUCACGUGACAGACCCGUCCGUCCGUGUGAACUCUGUACACCUGAUGCCGCCGGUGUGGAAAAGCAGAGUCUAUUUCCGCCUGCCUUUGUACAAUCAUAGUAAAUAUACUCUUGGCAAAGGCACACAUUUGCCCGACAACCAUGUGACGUCACUCACAGGCCGCCCACUGUAACGGUAGGAGCCGUAAUAAAAUGGACAGUACUACUGCAUCAUACCACCAACAUUUGUCAGCCGGACUUCCCCCUGCCCCGUGCCGGGAACCCCCUACUUGUAGCGACCGUCCCGUCGCGUGCCCAGUUCGUGUUCGCCCACUACAGGUUGUUUCCAGCUACUCCUUCACCACGUCGACGAGCACUUCGACCAACAACAUGACAAUCUCCGGACCCCCCGUAUUUCCUGAAGGGCUUACCAUUGCCAGACGACGGCUACACCACAGCGAGAACGUCAAACUCCCGCCGAAAAAGCGACGACACUUUGAACCGUCCUCCGAGACAGAUGUAAGGAAUAAGUUAAGUGUAAAACCCAGCUAUGACAAUACCUCAACGGACAAACCUACGACUUUGGGGGCCAAGGAAGAGGAGGUGCCACAAACUUGUUCGCAAGAAGGCUGCCAGCAAGCGAGUCCCACACCCGGUCCCGCGAUCCACAGUCUCCCACAGGUGCCGGUUCCUGUGACAAGUCUCCCUAGGCCUGUACCGAACUUCGCGGACCCACGUCUGGGCGUCUUCACGACAGCGGAGAUACAGCAACUUUCUUGGCAAGACGAAGAUGGCGAUACACCUCUACACAUCGCAGUGGCCCAGGCUAACGUCCCCCUGACAGAAAGGUACCUGACACUGCUGGCCAUGGCACAUAGAAACAUCGAUACCUAUAACAACCUCAGACAGACUCCACUGCACCUGGCUGUCAUAACAGACCAGUGGCCCCUGGUGCGCAUGCUUGUUUUGAGUGGCGCAUGUGCAGACGUGCAGGACCGUCACGGACACACAGCGGUGCACCUGUCGUGUCAGUCCGCCAGCACGGCUUGUUUACACACCAUCAUCACCUGCUGUCAGCACGGACUGGACCUGGAGCUCAGGAAUUACGGUGGCCUGACACCGCUACACGUGGCCGUGAACACAGGGAACCAAGAUGCCGUUAUGCUACUGGUGGACAGCGGCGCCGAUGUGGAUGCAACGGACGGUAAGAGCGGCAGAACGGCGCUGUUUCACGCCGUGGAGAGGGACCAGGAGGACAUGGUGCUGUAUCUGCUCCGCGCAGGCGCCAAGGUGAACGCGCAGUGUUACGCGGGAAACACCCCCCUGCACGCCGCCAGUGGACGGGGCCAGCAGAACAUGGUCAAACUGCUCAUCAAGCACGGGGCGGACAUCGGCGUCAAGAACUGUCACAACGACACGCCGCUGGCCGUGGUCAAGACAAGAGUGAUCAGUCAGAUGAUGAGAGGUAGAUACAAGCCUCCACUCAGAUCGGCCGCCGCCUCACCACCUGCGGAUGCAAAGGCAACCUUGUCUCGCAGUGUGGCGCUAUUGAAAGGCGAGUCAGCUUCACCGGUACCAAGCACCACCUGUGGGAGUCCCCAUCCUUCCGAGCAUUCAGCACCUUCACCAGAGGAAACCUCACAAUGUCAGAGAUCGUCGCCUGGGCUUGGACGAUAGCUGUCUUUUAAACGUCUGCAGGAUAGAUAUUAUACACUUACCUUUACUGUUCUAUACGAAUAUGGGGUAUAACGUUUCAACCAAAUCGGAUUUCAUAUUGAAGUGUGAUUUGGAUACACCUCAGAGAUCGUUACCAGGGCUUAGACGAUAGCUGUCUUUUAACCAUCCUCAGGAUAGUUCUUAUACACUCACAUUUAAUGAUAUCAUAUCUUAAUAUGGGGUAUGACUAAGAAUUGCUCACUAUAUAUAACAAGUAUCAAUCAAAUCGGAUUUCAUAUUGAAGUGUGAUUUGAAUACAACGACGUAUGCAAAAACAUUGUGUGAGAAAAGGUAUACACAUUUCAUUCUACCUCAACACACCUGCUCUUUACCUUUGUAUUCUUAUAGACCGCCAAGCUAAGGAUGUCUUUGAUUUUUACAUAGAAUGAUUCCGAGUGCACAAUGAACGGUCACCAUCUUGGAUCCAACAUGGUCAUCGAUGUGACGUCAUGUGCAAAACGCCUAUCUACCCAUACAGAACCUAAGUAACUACAGUAACUGUGUUCUUUAUUUGGUAUUUAUUUAGAAUCUAAUGAUUAUCUAGGAUUCUUACUGCCAUUUUAAGUGUCUGAUGUGUUGGUUUGUUGGAGUAGAGCAGACUGCUUGACGGUUUUCCCUUCAAACUGUUUUCAACCACACAAUGUGAUAUAUGUCAUAUUAUGUGUUGAGAUGGUAUUUUUAACCGCACAAUGUAAUGUAUGUGUUGAGAUGGAUGAAUUUUAUUGUUCCACAAUCGUACAAGGUACAAUAUAUGCAAAAUUUUGAAGAUAUUAUAGCUCCGUUAAAUAUUUCUCUCAUAUUUCUUCUUUAAAGUAAUUGAUUAAGGAAAUAAUUGAUUUUGGUUAAUUGAUUAUGCACAAAAGGUUCACAGAAUGUAUUCCAUUAAUGUCUAAAUUUAUCAGAAAAUUAACAACUAAGGCCAUGGAAUGUCCUGAAUAGUAGACACGAAACGUUUCUACUGCAGUACCAGGCAAAGCCGCUAGAAAGACCACAAAUUUGUCUUUCAAAAACCUACUCAAUUACCAAAUAUACUCACGACUCAUCCAUAGAUCACUAAGAAUAUAAUGACCGCACUGCCAAUCUAUGCCGCAAGGUGACGCUACUGUAAAGAUUCAAGACUAGGCCGGUUGUCUUUGGGGUCAAGUACGCUUUAAUCAAGCCAGAAUCAUGUUUAUGUGGUUAAACAGACAAGGUAUUUGAUACCUGAUAGUCUAAAUGUCUGAUACAGUUGUACCGAUAUCAUAGUUGCUGUCUUUAUCAUACCUUAUUUUAUUGUUUUUUGAUAACACGAUCCUUGUUCGAUAACAACUCAACGUAUGUGUUUUGAGAAACUCCCAGCUGAUACAGUUCUUGAAAAGGAAUUUUCAAAUAAAACCUUGAUGGUUAUUCAUAA